AUGGGCCUGGGGAAACUGGGUUUCUUAUCAUCUAGGUUAUUUGUGAUCCUGCUUUUGCAGCUUUCUCUUUCUGAGUAUCACAUGGAGAAUAGCCCUUGUGAAAUAAAAAGAGAUUACAGUCCCACAUAUAGAAAAGAAGGGGACUUAGUCAUAGGGGGCUUCUUCUCCUUGUUUCUGAAGAUAGAACAUCACAUAACCCAAUUGUUCUUCACAUAUCCUCCCACCUGGAUAGUUGUGGAAUCAAAUACAUUGAGCAAACAUUACCAACAUAUCCUCGCUUUCCAGUUUGCUGUGGAUGAAAUCAACAAGAACCCUGAUUUGCUACCAAACAUAACCUUGGGAUUCCAGUUGCUCAAUAACUUCCAUCUAAACAGUCUAGCUGUGGAGAACUCCUUGAUAUGGCUGUCAGGGAGGGGUCCAACUGUCCCUAACUAUAGCUGUGGCAGGCAGCCCAAUUCAGUGGCUGUCAUUGGAGGGAUGUCAUCCACAUUGUCCAUGGUCAUAGCCACCAUUUAAAAACUCUAUAAAGUUCCACAGAUCACCUAUGGCCCAUUUGAUGUUCUUCUGACUGAGAAGAUUCAGUACCCAUACAUCUAUCAGAUGGGCAGCAGGGAAUCUACUCUUCACCUUGCAUUCAUCAAAUUGAUGCUACAUUUUGGCUGGACUUGGGUGGGACUGAUUAUUUCAGAUAAUGAGAGAGGGGAAAAUUUCUUCAGUGAUCUGAAAGAGGAGAUGGGCAGGAAUGCUCUGUGUGUAGCCUUUAAGGAAAGAGUGUCUCCAACCAUUGUAUAUGAUGAGUAUCAUUAUCUCGUUUCUAGGAUAAUUGCAUCAUCAGCAAAUGUGAUUUUCAUCUAUGGAGAUACAGACUUGCUUCACCAACUUGUUUUUGCAUUUGUUUAUUAUGUACUUUAUGGGAAGAUGUUGGUUGCCACCACUUCUUGGGAUUUUUCUCUUGAUUCUAGUAUUGAAUCCCUUACCCAUUUUCAUGGUAUAAUACUAUUUUCUCAUUCCCAGUUGGAGAUUCCUGGUUUCACAGAUUUUAUAAGAAGUCAGAAAAUCAGUGUGAACCCUGAUGACAUUUUCCUAAAGGCUUUCUUGGAGUCAGCACUUAAGUGCAGAUUUUCAGACAAAAGUCAUAUAGAAAUGCUUCAAUCUAUUUGCCCAGAAAGUGUUUCCUUGACAGAUGUACAUAAUGUGAAAUUUGACACAAUCAUUAUGGAAUGUAGUUUUAAUGUUUACAAUGCAGUAUAUUUAGUAGCCCAUGCUCUCCAUCAAAUGCUCCAGUCUGAGGCACAAGAGACAUCAGAACGUGAAAGAAACCCAGAUCUUUCUUGGAAGCUCCAUCACUUCCUGAAGUGUGCUAGUCUUGUCAGCACUGUCAAUGAAGCGUCAUGUGGGGAUGGAACCAGGACUGAGACAUAUGAUAUCCUGAAUUUUGAAUUCUUCCGUGGUCAGAUUGAGACAUUGGUGAAAGUGGGUGAAGUGACCUCUCAUGGUCAGGCUUUCAGCAUGAAUGUAGAAUACAUAGAAUGGCCAGAAGAUUUCCUUCAGACUCCAACUUCCACGUGCAGUCUGAGCUGUGGCCCUGGAUUCAAGAAGACAGUCCAUGAAGGCCAGCCCAUCUGCUGCUUUGAGUGCACCCCAUGCCCUGAAGGGCAGAUUUCCAACCAGACAGAUGCAGAGCAAUGUCUGCAGUGCCCUGAAGAUCAGUACCCAAGCAGUGAGAGACAUCGAUGCCUCCCCAAGACUGUGACCUUCUUGGCUUAUGAAGAACCUCUUGGAAUGACCCUGGCCUGUGCAGCUCUCUGCUUCUCCCUCCUCACUGCUCUGGUCCUUGGAGUCUUUGUGAAGCACAGAGACACUCCCAUAGUCAAAGCCAAUAACCGCAGUCUCAGCUACACUCUUCUGGGCUCCCUCACCCUCUGCUUCCUCUGCCCCUUGCUCUUCAUUGGCCGUCCUAACACCGCCACUUGUCUCCUGUGACAAAGCACAUUUUCAGUUGUGUUUACAGUGGCCGUUGCCUCCAUUUUAGCUAAAACCAUCACUGUGGUUCUGGCCUUCAAGGCCACAAAGCCAGGCAGCAAGCUCAGGAGGUGGAUGGGCUCCACAGCAUCUUAUUCUCUCAUUUUGAUCUGUACUCUAAUCCAAAUGUGUCUCUGUGGCAUCUGGCUUGGGACCUAUCCCCCAUUCCUAGAGAUGGAUGCACACGCUGAGCCUAGCUUCAUCGUCAUUCAGUGUAAUGAGGGCUCCAUCCUUAUCUUCUACUGUGUCCUGGGCUACAUGGCCUUACUGGCCUUGGGGAGCUUCACCUUGGCUUUCUUGGCCAGGAAUCUGCCAGACACUUUCAAUGAAGCCAAGUUCCUGACAUCCAGUAUGCUUGUGUUCUGCAGUGUCUGGAUAUCCUUCCUGCCCAUGUAUCAGAGCACCAAGGGCAAGGCCAUGGUGGCUGUGGAGGUCUUCUCCAUCUUGGCCUCCAGUGCUGGGAUUCUGACUUGCAUCUUCGCUCCCAAGUGCUAUGUGAUCCUUCUGAGGCCAGACAGAAAUACCCUGGACAUACUGAAAAACAAAUCCAGUCGCUGAGCAGCCUGGUCUUUUCAAGCUCUACCUUACCAAUCACAGGGAGCUAGCUCCUGGGCUCCUAUAGUCUUACUAAAAUAUUUUAAAUGUAUCUAGCAUAUAUGCCUUCAAUUUUUGUUAAUAUCAUCUCUGUUUAAUUUGAAUCUAAUAGCUUUUUAACUGGAGUCAUAUUGCCUGAUUUCUGAAUAGAUGUAGAAUUAGAUUAGUCGGGUUGAAAUAUCUUACCUAUGGCAGGUAUUUAAUAUACGAAUGAUGAUUUAAAAUAAUAGUGAGAAAAAAUCUACGAAUUUAAAGAUAUGAAUGCCUGGUGUCCAAUUCUAAGCUUUGAUAAGUCCCUCCAGCAUUCUGAAUCAGUGAUUUCUCAUUUACCAAAUUGAAACUAUCAUCUUUCCCCAGUUUAUGUAUCUGAGUUAUAUCAGUCAUUACAUUUAUCAAAUAUCAUUGGAUGAAUUGGACAUUACUUCGAGAAACUUGUUGGAACAUAUAAAAGGCCCAAUCAAUUUGCUGAGAAAGUGAUUUGUCACCAAUGCAUAUGUGCCAAGAGUUAUUAUGUCUUUCAUUCCUUUCCAUCAAGUAUGUAACUGUAAAUUCAUGGUCUGUGGAAGAAAACUUUUGCCAAAGUCUUAUUGUUUCCUUCAAAUACUUUUAGCGAUACUGUGUAAAUCUCAGUAGUUGAUUUUCAUAAGACAUAAUAAAAAUGAGAAAGUAGUCCUGUAUCAGUAGUUAUCCUCUGUUUUCAGGAAUCUACUUUCUUUGUGAAAUUUUUGAGGUGUUAUUUAUUCAUUCAAUCCCCUAUUAUUCCUUGUUGCGCAGCAUCCUACCAUUUGCUUUGUCUUUACGACAUGUUUCAAUGUUUCUCUGGGCUCAGAAAAACUUGACAGAAAAUUGAUUGAUGAAAUUCUGACACCUCACCUAAGAACUAACAGGGAACUGGAUGUGCUAUUUUUUUCUUAAAGAUGCAGCAAUAUCUUUACAAGAAAGAAGAAGAAAAACUAACCCAGCCCAUGUCUCUGACCAUUUUUUUAAGGACUUUUAGUCCUGAGACAAGAGGAGGCGGCCAAGGAUAACAGUAGAUGAUUGUAGUGAUACUUCAAAGGCAGCUCUCUUCUUGAAUAAGUAAUAUAAAGGAUAAGUAAAAAAUCCAAACACAAAGAGGACAAAAAGUCAAGAAGUGGCCCAUAAUUCUUGGAGAAAAUGUAUCUGAAGCUAAUGUCACCAACCCAGCACUCCAGACAUCCUCAUAGCUCCUGGCUUUCCUCUGCUCCGUUUUUUUUGGGGGGGGGAGGCUAGGCAAUGGGGUUAAGUGACUUGCCCAGGGUCACACAGCUAGUAAGU